AGUUAGGUCAGUGAUAAAACACUCCAAGCUAAUAAUGCAGGUGUGUGUCGCUUGUGUGUCCAGCAAUUUUAUUUAGUAGGACAGCUUGUGUAUGCUGCAUGACCAUUUCAAGAAAGAAAUCUGUGUUACUAGCAGCGGUUGUAAUUUUUUAACAUAAUUGUUAUAGCUCACUAACUUUCCUUGUACCACUACCAGUCAUGUUAGGAGUUUUCCAGACGUCACAAAAGCUGAGGACGUCGCUGAGACUCCUGUCCAGAGCGGGACUCCCACCUGUUGACCUCCAGGUGCAGCUUCUUCUCAGGGGCCGCAGUCCACUAAGUGCGACCUUCUCCCGUAAGCUUCACCUUGGACCUGAUGGACCCGCGUCGUCCCCGGCCGCUGCUCCACGGAGGCUGCCUUUCUCCAGGGUAACUGUGGAGGAUUUGACCUUUUUCAGGAAGACACUGCCAGGCAGGGCCAUCACUGACCCGGACCUGGUACAGUCCAGUAAUGAGGACUGGCUGAAGUCGGUGAGAGGGUCAAGUGAAGUGUUGCUGAGACCUCAGACAACACAGGAAGUGUCACAAAUUCUCAGUUACUGUCACAGUCGCAACCUGGCAGUGAACCCUCAAGGAGGUAAUACUGGUCUAGUCGGCGGCAGCGUGCCUGUGUAUGACGAGAUCAUCCUCUCCACCUCUCUCAUGAACAGCAUACUUUCCUUUGAUAAAAUCUCUGGUAUUCUGACCUGUCAGGCAGGUUGUGUGUUGGAGAACUUGUCCCUCUACCUGGAGGAGAGAGACUACAUCAUGCCACUGGAUCUGGGAGCAAAGGGCAGCUGCCAGAUCGGGGGCAACGUGGCGACCAACGCAGGCGGUCUGCGGCUGCUCCGAUACGGCUCCCUGCACGGGACUGUGCUAGGCCUUGAAGUUGUACUGGCAGAUGGUCAGGUGCUGGACUGUUUGUCCACGCUGCGGAAGGAUAACACAGGAUACGACCUCAAACAGCUGUUCAUUGGCUCAGAGGGCACUUUGGGCGUCAUCACUGCGGUCUCCAUCCUUUGCCCUCGAAAGCCAAAAUCCGUCAACGUUGUUUUCCUGGGCUGUGAAACCUUUGACCAGCUGCUGAAAACCUUUCAGCUCUGCAAAGGCAUGCUGGGAGAAAUCCUGUCAGCCUUCGAGUUCCUGGAUAGUGAGUGUAUGAGGCUGCUGAACACACACCUGAAGCUGGCCAAUCCUAUCUCUGAUUGCCCCUUUUACAUCGUCAUCGAAACAUCUGGAUCUGACUCAGACCACGACUCGCAGAAGCUCCACAACUUUUUAGAGGAAGCGAUGACCUCGCUAUUAGUUACAGAUGGUACUGUAGCAACCGAGGAAUCAAAAAUAAAGACGCUGUGGUCAAUGCGCGAACGUGUCACCGAGGCGCUGACUCACGACGGCUUCACCUACAAGUACGACAUCUCCCUUCCGGUGGAGCGGAUCUACCAGCUGGUGACGGACAUGAGGGAGCAUCUGGGAAAGCGAGCCAGGAGCGUGGUGGGAUACGGACACGUCGGUGACGGCAACCUCCACCUUAAUGUCACCUCUCCUGCAAAGGAUCCCGCCCUGCUGGCGUCCAUUGAGCCGUUCAUCUACGAAUGGACGGCCAAGUUUCAGGGCAGCAUCAGCGCAGAACACGGACUGGGCCUUAAAAAGAGGAAUUACAUCUAUUACAGUAAAUCAAGGCCAGCUGUGGCCGUCAUGGGUAAAAUGAAGACGUUGCUGGACCCCAAAGGAAUCCUGAACCCGUAUAAGACUUUACCAGAUGAUCUGAAGUGAUUUUAGAUGGAAAUGUUCCAGAAGCCAUCCUUCACAGCUUACUGUCUGCAAUCUUCUUCGUAAGUUUGUAGUUCAGAGCUGCCACCUUUGCACGAAAACAACAAUGAGAUGUUUCUGGUAAAAUUGUUGCAGUCUAACAUUCACUUUGACUUGCUUAGGUGUGGCUUUUAAAAAGGACAGGGCAGACCUUUCAGUGUGGCUCAGAAAGAAAAGAAACUGUUAAUUAUGCAUGUUAGUGUAACCUUUGGGCCAUCAUGAUGCACCAGAGUAGAGCGAUCAGCAUCGGGUGACGUCCUACAGGUUUGUGUUUGCUUCAGAUUGAAGUGGAAUGAAACUGAGCAAAGCUUGGACACUAAAACUAUAAUAAUCAGUUAAUCGUCAAGCAAGAAUGCAGUAAAUGUUUUAUUACAUGUAAAAAAAAAAGAGACAAAGCGGUAUUUUUCUUCAAAGCAAAGCCAGCACUUGUGAGCUUAUUCCUUUGUACACCUAGGCAAUGUUUUAGUUUUGAACCAGUAAUAUAAAUAAGUGUCCAAUGAAUAUGGCGCGUUUUCUUUUCCCUCCAGUUAUUUAGUUGGCCUCUGCUGCGUCGCAUUAUUGAAGAGACUCGUGAAAAAUCAGCUGCUGUCGUCUGGAUGAC